UGACCAACAUGGAGAAACCCCGUCUCUACUAAAAAUACAAAAUUAGCCGGGUGUGGUGGCACAUGCCUGUAAUCCCAGCUACUUGGGAGGCUGAGGCAGGAGAAUCGCUUGAACCUGAGGUGGAGGUUGCGGUGAGCCGAGAUUGCGCCAUUGCACUCCAGCCUGGGCAAUAAGAGUGAAACUCCAUCUAAAAAAAAAAAAAAAAAAGUAAUUAUGACGCAGAGUUUGCCUUCCUCAUAAUUGGAAAAUUGACUGAUCUCUACCUGUAAACCACUUAGAACUUGCUGCUGUCCCACCUCUGUCUUAGCUUCUGCUUCCUCUACAGUAAGAGUUAAGAAAAAGCCAGCUAGAAAAACAAGUGUAAUGUUUCAGGGAAUGUGUAGUUUACAAGCAAAGGACAGGGAGGAGCGUUGAAAACUGGAGCAGCUGGGGGAGCCUAGAACUUGCUGCUAUCCCACCUCUGUCUUAGCUUCUGCUUCCUCUACAGUAAGAGUUAAGAAAAAGCCAGCUAGAAAAACAAGUGUAAUGUUUCAGGGAAUGUGUAGUUUACAAGCAAAGGACAGGGAGGAGCGUUGAAAACUGGAGGAGCUGGGGGAGCACCUGUGGACCUAUGGGUGGCUCCCUUUGCAUCCAAAUGAUUGCUCUUCUCUCUCCUUUAAAAUUGGUGAAAGUUUUUUUCUACUGUUUCUUAUUAUACUACCUGAAAUUUCUUCCAUGAGAAAUUUAUUUGAAAUAAAAUAUAUAUUCUACUGUGAAGACAUAGCUGAGGAGAUUAAGGAGAACACUAAACCAUUCAAACAGUGUAGCAAGCAUCUUUUUAUCUAUUAAUCUCUGGAAUUUUUGAUAUCAGCCCCUGGGGGGAGUAGGAGGCUGGAGUGGAAUGUAGAGCCUGUGGCUGCCUUAGCCCAGGAGGCUGGGUGCCUAGUAGAGGACAGCAGGGCCGCAAAGAGGAGACUAGGAAGGACGCACUGCAUCCCUUUUGGAAAUUUUUCCUGGGACCCCAGCAGGGAGGUUUGAUGAUUCCUGUCUUUUGUGUCGUGGAGCAGUUGGACGGCUCUCUUGAAUAUGACAACCGAGAAGAACACGCUGAGUUUGUCCUGGUGCGGAAAGAUGUGCUUUUUAGCCAGCUGGUGGAGACUGCGCUCCUGGCCCUGGGGUAUUCUCACAGUUCUGCGGCCCAGGCCCAAGGAAUAAUCAAGCUGGGAAGGUGGAAUCCUCUCCCCCUCAGUUAUGUGACAGAUGCACCUGACGCGACAGUGGCCGACAUGCUACAAGAUGUCUAUCAUGUUGUGACGUUGAAAAUCCAAUUACAAAGUUGUUCAAAGUUGGAAGACUUGCCUGCGGAGCAGUGGAACCAUGCCACAGUCCGCAAUGCCUUAAAGGAACUGCUCAAAGAGAUGAACCAGAGCACAUUAGCCAAAGAAUGCCCUCUCUCCCAGAGUAUGAUUUCAUCCAUUGUAAAUAGCACAUAUUAUGCCAAUGUGUCAGCAACCAAGUGCCAGGAGUUUGGGAGAUGGUAUAAAAAGUACAAGAAGAUUAAAGUGGAAAGAGUGGAACGAGAAAAUCUUUCAGACUAUUGUGUUCUGGGCCAGCGUCCAAUGCAUUUACCAAAUAUGAACCAGCUGGCAUCCCUGGGGAAAACCAACGAACAGUCUCCUCACAGCCAAAUUCACCACAGUACUCCAAUCCGAAACCAAGUGCCCGCAUUACAGCCCAUCAUGAGCCCUGGUCUUCUUUCUCCCCAGCUUAGUCCACAACUUGUAAGGCAACAAAUAGCCAUGGCCCAUCUGAUAAACCAACAGAUUGCCGUUAGCCGGCUCCUGGCUCACCAGCAUCCUCAAGCCAUCAACCAGCAGUUCCUGAACCAUCCACCCAUCCCCAGAGCAGUUAAGCCAGAGCCAACCAACUCUUCCGUGGAAGUCUCUCCAGAUAUCUACCAGCAAGUCAGAGAUGAGCUGAAGAGGGCCAGUGUGUCCCAAGCUGUCUUUGCAAGAGUGGCAUUCAACCGCACACAGGGAUUGUUGUCUGAGAUUCUGCGUAAGGAAGAAGACCCUCGGACAGCCUCUCAGUCUCUUCUAGUAAACCUGAGGGCCAUGCAGAAUUUCCUCAAUCUGCCAGAAGUGGAGCGAGAUCGCAUCUACCAGGAUGAGAGGGAGCGGAGCAUGAAUCCCAAUGUGAGCAUGGUCUCCUCGGCCUCCAGCAGUCCCAGCUCCUCCCGAACCCCUCAGGCCAAAACCUCGACACCGACAACAGACCUCCCUAUUAAGGUGGACGGCGCCAACGUCAACAUCACAGCUGCCAUUUAUGACGAGAUCCAACAGGAGAUGAAAAGGGCCAAGGUGUCUCAAGCCCUGUUUGCCAAAGUGGCUGCAAAUAAAAGUCAGGGCUGGCUGUGUGAACUGCUCCGCUGGAAGGAGAACCCAAGCCCAGAAAACCGCACCCUCUGGGAAAACCUCUGUACCAUCCGUCGCUUCCUGAACCUUCCCCAGCAUGAGAGGGAUGUGAUCUAUGAGGAGGAGUCAAGGCAUCACCACAGUGAACGCAUGCAACACGUGGUCCAGCUUCCACCUGAGCCGGUGCAGGUACUUCAUAGACAGCAGUCUCAGCCAGCCAAGGAGAGUUCCCCUCCCAGAGAAGAAGCGCCUCCCCCACCUCCUCCGACUGAAGACAGUUGUGCCAAAAAGCCCCGGUCUCGCACAAAGAUCUCCUUAGAAGCCCUGGGGAUCCUCCAAAGCUUUAUUCAUGAUGUAGGCCUGUACCCCGACCAGGAAGCCAUCCACACUCUUUCGGCUCAGCUGGAUCUCCCCAAACACACCAUCAUCAAGUUCUUCCAGAACCAGCGGUACCACGUGAAGCACCACGGGAAGCUGAAAGAGCACCUGGGCUCCGCGGUGGACGUGGCCGAGUAUAAGGACGAGGAGCUGCUGACCGAGUCAGAGGAGAACGACAGCGAGGAAGGCUCCGAGGAGAUGUACAAAGUGGAGGCGGAGGAGGAAAAUGCUGACAAAAGCAAGGCAGCACCUGCCGAAAUUGACCAGAGAUAAUGUGAACUUCUACUAGGCAAAGCAAUACAUCGGUCCAAGGAUUUUCUGCUUUCAUUUCUUUAAAAGUUUUUUGUUUGUUUGUUUGUUUGUUUUUUGUUUUUGUUUUUGGGUUGUUUUUUUUUUUGCUUUAUUUUUGUCUUUUUAUGUCUGUUUUGUUUUUCUUACCCUUUUGGACAUUUCUUUGUUGCACAGGAUACACCUAUAGACUGAAUAAGUUCAGUAUUUCCGAAUCAGACAUCGCCUUGGCAAAGACACUAAAGCGUUACACUUUAUCCCGUCUCUAUGACUGGAUCAUAGUCAUUAUAAUCACAGGAGACUCUGCCUUCAUUAUCCUUGCACUUAACGGAAGUUACAUCAGGCAAGUUCCAGGAUGAAAAGAACUAUGAAAUAAAUGAAGGAAGCUACAAGUGUGUGUGUAUAUGUAUAUGUAUAUAUCUCUAUAUUUACAUAUAUAUAUUAAAAUUGCAUGGGACAGAGACUUUGCAAUCCGAAAGAAUAGACUGUGAAAUGAGUUCUUAAAGAAAAGACUUGUUUAUGUAUUAAAAAAAAACACUUCACAGUGAGUCGCUUUGGCUUUUUGAUAAACUGCGGCCUGCUCUCAGGGUGGGGUGACUAUUUUUGAAUUCCUAUUUAUUUUUUGUGUUUGUCCCUGAUUUUUUUUUUUAAUUCUAUGGCUUCCUAUCUGGCAGCUUAAUGGGUAAUUUUUGAGGUAUGUAUUUAACAAAAUAAACCAACACUGCCGAAAAAAAAAAAAAGUAAAGUGAAAAAAAUCAGGGCACAUUAAAAUGAUACAAGUCAAAUUAAUCUUAAAGACACAAUGCACACUUAAAAUGACUCAAUAAAAUGACUUGCUGCGUUCCGUUAUUCAAUUUAUCAUUACUGUAGUGAACAGAUGCAUUUCUGUGGAAUUCCAAAUAAGUAAAACUGAAAUUCAGUGCAGAGAAAACUUUGUCCAUCAGUGCAAGUCUUGAUCAAAUGACAUUUUGACAUUGGACAUACGGAAUUCAUAGUAUGAGCCACAUUUUGUUGUGAAAUUUAUUUACCUGCUUGUGGCUUCAAAUCUGAAAAUUAGUAAGCCUGCUCGUUUAAAAGUUGUUUGUUGUUGCUGUUUUUUUGUCUUUUUUUUUACUAGAAAAUAGUUCAGUGUAAUAUUAAGUUAGAAAGAAGUUGCUGCCCAGUUAAACGGGCUCCCUCUCAAAUAAAUCUCCAUCCUUCCCUCUCCCAAAAGACAUUUCUGAUUUCUGUUUCACUUUGGGCUUCCUCUUCUUCGUACACAUUCCAUCUACCUAAUCAAACAUUUUCAGUCCCUAAUCUCUCCCGUCCGUUUUCCUGGGAUGACAGCCCUUACAAGAACUGUUUUUGAAUCGUUGUGCAGCUCCGGGCAAUAGAGUAUGUGAAGCGAUUUCAGUAGAAUCACUCACUCAUCCUAAAAGAAAACAUUAUCCCAGUUACCUACAUCGCAAUUACCUUAUGUAAAGCAGAACUAAUGCUGACUGGAUGUUUAAUGGGAUGAGCAUUAAAGCUGCAAUCUACUAUAGUACUCCAGAUCUCUUUCAGCUUCCUAUGAGAAACACCAGAAGCAUUACUUUCCACUUCUACUUACAGUAAUUGCCAGAGGAGACCUCACAUUCAGGACUGGCCUAGUGAGCGUAAUCCAUGCUUUAAACUGGCCAUUAAACAGUCCCACAUGGUUGGAUUUUUUUUUUUUUUUUUGAGUUGUGCUUUCACGAAACCUUGUCAAAGACCUCAUGCAAUAUCACUUUGAAAGUUAUUUUCUGUUUACUACACAAACAUUGUAAUAUAACUGUUAAUACUAUUUAUAUAUUUGAAAGGUAUAAAAGGUAGGAGUUAAAAAAAAACCUCUAUGUGUAGAUAUUAACUCAGAACUUACAAUAUACAGGGAGAAGACAUGUUGCAAUACAAGCUAAUUCUAGCUGCUCAGUAACCUCUGGAGUUUUUAAAGGGACAUUUUCCUGUACUUUUUCAAAUAAUGAUGUUUAAAAAUUAUCUUGACAUGAGCGUCAUAUACCUUUGCAAAAGGAUGGUUGUUUGCAGUUAGCCCUGGCCCCAUCCUUCCUAUUUCUGUAGUAUGCUGCAGCUUUAAUCAGAAAGUCCAUGGUUGCUGCUUCCUGAUCUCCGAGUUACUCUUUCCAAAUUGUCUUCUUACACUGUUGCUGAAGGUCACUCUGUACACGUAAUGGAAACUGAUUUUGCCAAGCUCUUACAAGGUGGUUCAUCUAUCGAUGGCAUCCGCAUUUGGUAUCUUUUACACUUCAACCAAAAAUUUAUUAGGUAUUUUUCAAUGCUAAGUCUUGCCUUUUAUUUUUUAAUUUCACUGCCAAGUUUGCAGUGGUUCUAAGUGAAUCUGUGGGCAUUUUAGCCUGUGGUCUUGCCAGAUCUUUGCGAAUUACAAUGCAUAUAUGUCUAUUUAUUCAAUAUCUGUCAUAUAAUAUCUAUUUGGAAGAAGAAACUUUCUCUUGUAGUGCCUCUUGACAAAGCACAAUUUCCCGCCUUUUUUUUUUUUGUGAAAUGAAAAAAACAAAUUGUGUUUUAUUGCGGUAUCAACAAUGUGAAUAAGGAUUAACAUAUUGUAAAUGUUCUUUUUUCCAUGUAAAUCAACUAUCUUUGUUAUCACUAAGUGAUAAUUAAUUUUUAACUUAUGUGCAUUGUUAGGCUGUUAGAAUUUUUUGGUUGUUAAAAUAAACGCAUUCAAUAAAUAUGACUUUGUUUGUCAAGUAUUUUACUGGGCAUUAUCUGCUUUCCCACUUAAUUUUUCAUGCAGAGCGAGACCUGGUGAGUCUUAGGAAAAUUUGUACCCUUAUUUUAGAAACAAGACAGUGGUACCUGCAAUUACAGAUGUAUGAAUCCUGUACAGUGCAUGGAUUUAAUAGCACAUGUGAAUGUAUGUGUGUCUCUGUGUGUAUAUAAACAGAUGCAUGCUCACUUCCUGGAGCUGGCGACUGGGAGAGUCAUUUAUCCAAUCUUUUGUCAUAUACAAACAAAACUCAAAUGUAUAAAGAUAUAUUUAUAGGCUGCUGUUUUAUU